CUUAUCUCAAUAUGUACCUAUCAACAAGAAAACGAUCAACGGUCAACGACAUAGAUAUGACAAGCAUUUUAUUCAUUAUUGUUAAAAUAAACAAUAGGAUUGAAUACAAGUUUUUAUAGCAAGAAAUGAUGUUGAUUGUACUGACUCUACUUGUUUGUGUUGGUGAGGCAAAAGAAUUUUCAUCACUGGAUGUGUUAUACUCACGAGUCCCAGCAAAUGUUCAGCAGAGGACAGUUACUUCCCUUAUACAGAGAAUUGUUGGUGCCAGAGCCAGUCAGUUUAAAGCUAUUGUUGAUCCAACAAUAGCAGAAAAGAAAAUAGAUGCUUUUCAUCUUUAUCAUAGCAAUGGAACUGUGAGUGUGAAAGGCAGUACAGGUGUAGCUGUUGCCAUGGGGUUAUACUACUAUCUUUCCAAUUAUUGCAAUUGCCAGAUAACAUGGGGUGGACAGCAAUUACGGAUUCCUAAAGAACUUCCCAAACUACCAAAGUCAGGUGUAACGGUGUCUGCUAAUGACAGGUUUAGAUUUUAUCAGAAUGUAUGUACAGUGAGCUACUCCUUUGUUUGGUAUAAGUGGGAAGACUGGGAAAAACAAAUAGAUUGGAUGGCAUUACAUGGAAUAAAUCUCCCAUUAGCAUUUAAUGGUCAAGAGGCUAUAUUUCAGAAGGUAUAUAUGAAGAUGGGGAUGACCUUUAAAGACAUGCAGCAACAUUUUGGUGGACCUGCUUUUCAAGCAUGGUCAAGAAUGGGGAACUUUAGAGGAUGGGGAGGGCCUGUUACACAGACUUGGCUAGAUGGCCAGUUAGAUUUACAGCAUAAGAUAUUAGACAGGAUGAGAGCUUUGGGAAUGAUACCAGUUUUACCUGGGUUUGCUGGACAUGUACCAGAAGCUAUGACAAGAUUGUAUCCUGCAGCAGAUAUAUCCAGGUUACCUAACUGGAAUGGUUUUGAUGACACAUACUGUUGCACAUAUUUGCUGGACUUUGCUGAUCCAUUAUUUAAACUUAUUGGUGUCAACUUUAUAAAAGAGAUGGAGUAUGAGUUUGGAGUAGACCACAUUUACCAGAUUGAUUCAUUUAAUGAAAUGCAACCUAAAUCAGGUUCAGCACAGUAUUUGGAUGAGGUAGGCAGUAGAAUGUUUGAUGUGUUACAAACAGCUGAUCCUGACGCUAUCUGGUUAAUGCAAGGCUGGUUGUUUCAUUUUGAUUCCUCAUUUUGGCAUCCAGAACAGAUCAGAGCCAUGCUAACAUCAGUCCCAGAGGGAAGAAUUGUUGUGCUUGACUUAUACUCAGAAGUUGCCCCAAUUUAUACUUAUACCGACUCCUACUAUGGACAGCCAUUUAUAUGGUGUAUGCUUCAUGAUUUUGGAGGAACGUCAGAACUCUAUGGGAUAUUGGACAAAAUUAACACAGGACCAUUUGAAGGUAGAAAUAUGACUAACAGUACCAUGGUUGGUUUAGGACUCACACCAGAGGGAAUAAACCAGAAUGAAGUUAUUUAUGAAUUCUUCUUAGAAAAUGUAUGGAGGAAACAACCAAGAGAUGUUUCUAAAUGGAUUUCUGAUUAUACAACUAAAAGAUAUGGGAAAUACAACAAAAUAGUAGACUUGGCUUGGCAAUAUUUGAAGUCAAGUGUAUACAAUGAUACAACAAAUAAUGGUGACCACAGAUCAAGAAGUAUACCUACAAGUCGCCCACAGUAUAAUCCUCCACUCAAACCUUAUUUAUGGUAUGAUACAGAAGAUUUAUAUCAAGCCUGGGAUCUAUUUAUAGAUUCAGCUGACCAGUAUAAGAAUAACUCGUUAUUUCAGUAUGAUUUAGUGGACAUAUCAAGAAACAGUCUCAUGAUGAUAUCAUUAGAGUAUUAUAAUAAAAUGAUCGCUGCUUAUCAAAACAACCAGACCAGUAAUUUUGGAUUAUACAGUCAGAUGCUUUUGAGUUUACUAAAUGAUAUGGAGACAUUACUGGCCAGUGAUUCACAUUUCUUACUUGGGAAGUGGAUAACUGCAGCUAAACAAUGGGCAAAUGACUUUAAUGAAGCAAUUCUUCUAGAGUUCAAUGCAAGAAACUUGGUUUCAUUAUGGGGACCUAAAGGGGAGGUAUUGGAUUAUGGUCGUAAGCAAUGGUCUGGUUUGUUGAAAGGAUAUUACAUUCCAAGAUGGCGCUUUUUUAUUGAGAUGUUGAAUUACAGCUUAUCAAAUCACACACAAUUUGAUGAUGGGUUAUAUGCCCAGUUUGUUUAUGAGAAAGUAGAACUUCCAUUUUCUAACCAGCUUGAUAUCUACCCUACAGAACCUAUAGGAGAUGCUUAUGCUAUUGCUAAGUCACUACACCAUAAGUACAGAGGUAUCAUAGAUCUACAGUUCUACAAGAAGUAUGCUGUCAUGUGUAAGAUGAUGAAAACUAAUACAAGCCCAGCUGUAAAGAAAUAUGGAAUCAAUUUUAAUAGGUCCAAAGCACAUGUAAAAACGACUGACUCUAAUAUGAAAUUGUUUUUUAAAAGAAAUUAGAUGGAUAUUUUAGUUAUGAAUUAGGUUGAACCACUUACUGUGUAAUGACUGGUCAUGAUGAGCAACUGGAAUAAGUAACUCCUUUAAACCAGAUUAUUUAUGAUAAGGUUGAGAAAUUGAGAUGUGAUAUGUUAUGAAGAAUCCAGAUGCUGAUUAAAUAAUAAGCAUAUUUAACCAAUCAGAAUGUCAGGUGGUGUUUUUUUCAGAAACGUGAUUGCAUAAUAUUUUUGUCAAAAUUGAUUUCUCUAGAUGAAAAAACAUAAGAAUGGUAGCUUUGGUGUAGUUUUGUCAUAGCUUUAUGAAAGUUUUAUUUUCUUUUUGUUAUUUAAAAUUAUAAAAAAAAAAAGAAAGAAAAAAGAGUAGUGAAUUACUAAGCUACCCAUGUAUACCACAAAAGGAUUACAAAAAAGGGGUUAUUUAUGGAAUAAUUGAAAAAUUAUAAACUGAUAUAACUUUCCACAUUUGGGGGCAUAUUGUUUUAAAACAAUUUUAAUACUGCUGAGAGUUAAUAAUUAAAACUUGUGGUGGUUUUAAAUUGAAAAAUAUUUUUAUUGGUUGUACAAUGGUAUAAAGCAAACCAGAAUAUAUACAUGUGUAUGCACUUGUUGAAUUUUUUUUAUUAAUUCCUAUCAGGUUCAGGUAUUUUAGAAACUUCUUUCUGGAAAGAGUUAUUGUUCUUUUGUUUUGAAACUGUGAUAUUGUUAUGGAUAGUAUUGUAAUUUUAUAUUCUAUUGUAACACAAUCUAUUAUUUUUAUGUAUCAUCUAUAAUUAUUUUACAAAUUAUAUGUUUAAUUAUGAGUAUAUCAUCUGUUUAAAUUUUGAAUCAAGGUAUCAUAUAUGAAAUAAAACUAUGUUAAACCUG